AUGAGCGAGAAACAAGAACAGCCAAGACGCACUUUAGAGGAAGACGACGAAUUUGAAGAUUUUCCAGUUGAUUCGUGGAACCAAGAAGAGAACUUGAAGGAAACUGCUGCAACAAAUCUUUGGGAAGAAGACUGGGAUGACGUGGAAGUUGAAGAUGAUUUCACCACAGAAUUGAAAUCAGAGCUCGAGAAGCACAGACAGACUGCUUAG